CGAAAGUAAAUAUCAAAGCUCGCCGAUUGUGUGGCAGUGCAUCGCUGAGCGGUGCACGCAUCAAAAGGCAGAUCUACUAAAGUUCUUUACCAGUAAACCCAACAGUGGAGCACCAGAAACUGUCAUUGCAAUAUGCAUUUUCAACUUUGACUGCUAAAGGGUUCCAGUCGCUGCCAGGACCAAGCUGACUUGUCAGCUUAACCAUUUUACACAGAUCAUCAUCAACUGCACUUUAGUACCACGGUAAAUGACAUUUGAGGACCAGUGCUGUCUAGUGUUCUACACGCGUAUAUGAGAAACCAUGGCUGGGAGUACAUCAAGCAGUAACUUCUUCAGUGCAACUGCCUCUACCGGCAACAAGCUGCCUCACUCAGCCUGGGAGGAGCCUGGACCCUCCUCAUCCAUCGCUGGGCACCUAGGAGUGUCUGAUGACUCCUUCAAUGAGCAGAGUAUUGGGAAGGUGUACGGUGGCCAUGGGGAUAAUCUACACCUUGACGGAGAAGAUGACGAAAACCAGAUAUACCUGAGUGUCCUAUGGCAGGGUGGUCAGCUAGGAGCAGCGUAUUAUGAUGGGGAGACAGCUGAGAUUUAUAUGAUGAGAGAUAGUCCUGAGCCUGAAACCUUCACCCUCAUCAAGCAAGUGAUGCAUCAAGUGCAGCCCAAGUUUGUUACUUGCAGCUCCAAGUCUGAUGAAAGAUUCCUGAAAGCACUGAAGGAUGUUUUGAGUGGUACCAGUCCAGCUUUGUCCGGUCAUCCAGAGACGAAUCCAAGCAUAACAGGAGAUCGAGAAGGAGACCUCCAGUUCCUACCAAGCAUUGAUUACACCCUGGAGGUUUGCAAGCGUCGUAUCCUGGCCAUGAAUCUACCAAGUGUUCCAGAUCACUUCACUGAGGCAGAGAGGACCAUCUUCUUCUCAUCCCUCGUCCCAUUUGACUCUAUCUGCAUGGUGCGUGCCCUUGGGGGUCUCUUGAAAUACCUGGAGAGGAGAAGAGUUGGCGUAGAGCUAGAAGCCUCUGGCAUUCGGGUUCCAAUUCUCUCACUCAAGAUGUUUUCAUUAGACAGCAUUAUGUCCAUUGAUGAUAGCACCUACAUGGCGCUGCAGAUAUUCCAGAAAGAGAGACAUCCAUCCGCCUACAAGUCUGGGGGCAGUGGUGCUAAAGAAGGACUCAGUCUAUUUGGUAUUUUAAAUAAGACCAAAUCGGUUAUAGGGAGCAAGCAGAUGAGGGUGUGGUUUAUGCGUCCAUCUUGCAAUAUAGCAUUACUGAGGCAACGCCAAGAUGCGAUAUCAUUCUUUAUGGCCUCAACUAAUACUGAAGUUACAUCCACACUCAACGAAUGCUUGAAACAUGUCAGGAAUGUUGGGCUAAUCCUGAAGCAAAUGAGACAGGCCCAGGCAUCCGUCAGUAACUGGCAAGCUUUGUACAAGACUGCCUACAAUGCCAUCAACAUUGGAGAUAUUUGCCGAGCUCAAAGGGCCAAUAUAGAGAUCUUCAAAAAGAUAUCCCAUGGAUUCAGUGAGGAUCUUCACUACAUUGCAAGCGUCAUCAACAAAAUUGUUGAUUUUGAAGAGUCCGCAUCUCAGGGACGUUUUGUUGUUAAACCCAACGUAGAUCCUGAUUUAGAUCACAGAAAGCGAACCUAUAACGGCUUACCAGACCUAAUGACCCAAGUGGCUCAGGAAGAACUCAACAGACUCAGCUCCGAUAUUGAAGAAUGCAAUGUCAUCUACCUGCCACAGCUUGGGUAUCUCCUUGCCAUUCCUUGUUCAAGUCAAAUGCAGAAGACGUCAGACUUUGAAAUUCCAGGACUUGAAUUUGUGUUUCUGUCCAACAAUAUGGUCCACUACAAAAGUGCGAGCACCAAAGCUUUAGAUGUAAAGUUGGGAGACACACAGUGUGAAAUAACAGAUCUUGAAACUCAGAUUAUGCAUAAGUUACAGAACUCUAUUCUGGAAAGAUCUCAGGUGUUGUUCACCGUGAUGGAGUACGCAGCCGAGCUGGACUGUUUGCUGUCCCUGGCCUCUGCAGCCAAGGAUCUCAAUUACACCCGGCCAGAGUUGACCAGUGAUAAAGUCUUGCACAUCACAGGGGGAAGACACCCCCUGCAAGAGCUGUGUGUGACCCCCUUUGUACCUAAUGAUACAUGCUCAGGAGGCAAGUAUGGUAAGAUGAAGUUUCUGACGGGACCCAAUGCCAGCGGCAAGAGUGUUUAUCUCAAACAGGUUGGUCUGAUUGCUUUUAUGAGUCACAUUGGCAGCUUUGUACCAGCAGAGGGCGCUGUAAUAGGCAUGCUGGAUGGUAUCUACACCAGAGUGCAUACUCUAGAGUCAGUGUCUGUUGGACUCUCAACGUUCAUGAUAGAUCUAAACCAGAUGGCCUUUGCACUUUGCAAUGCAACCGAGAACUCUCUUAUCAUCAUAGAUGAGUUUGGUAAAGGGACCGAGACCUCUGACGGUACUGCCCUGCUGUGUGCUGGGCUGAAGCACUGGCUAGCCCAACAAGCACUCUGUCCACAUAUACUAAUAGCAUCUCACUUUCAUAGCAUUAUGAAGCAGAAGAUGCUGCCCAACUCUCAAGAACUUACUUACCAGACCAUGGAAGUUCUUCAUAAUGAAGAUGAGAUGGUGUUCCUCUACCAGCUUAUUGAGGGUCAUGCUAACUACAGCUAUGCUAAUUAUAUCUCAGCACAGGCUGGACUACCUGAGGAGCUCCUUACAAGAGGCAAACAAGUGUCCGAGUUGCUUGCCCGAAAUGAGCCAAUUCAUAGAGUAGACUCGGCAAGCGCCGACAACCGAUUCCAAAAGUGCAAAGUCAUCGUGGAUGAAUUCUUGAAACUGGAUCUGCAGACCUGCAAUGUGACUGAGUUCCUGCAAAAUACAGUUCUCCCUAAUAGUAAUUGAUGAACCGAUAUAGAGAGAGU